GACAUUAUGAUUCAUUUAAUGGUUCAUCUAGUAAGGGAAGCCAAGUUGUGUGGACCAGUUUGGGCGAGAUGGAUGUAUCCAUUUGAAAGAAGUAUGAAUGUGUUGAAAAGUUAUGUGCGUAAUCAUUAUCGUCCUGAAGCUAGUAUGGUUGAAUGUUAUAUAUCGGAAGAGGCAGUAGAAUUUUGCUCAGAAUACAUGAGUGGGGUUGAAGCAAUCGGAAUCAGCAAACCACGAAAUAACUCAGAUGGAGUUGAUAAAGGACUACGAGGGAAUGGAACAGUGACCACCGUGUCUAGGGCAGAAUUAGAUCAAGCUCAAUUAGUUGUGUUGCAAAAUAAUCCUGAGAUUCAAUCAUAUAUAAUUGAUCACAUAGAGUUAUUACGGUCGAUGAUUCCAAACAAGAUUAAAAAUAAACAAAAAUGGGUUAUAGAUGAGCAUAAUAAAACGUUUUGCCAGUGGUUGAAGAAUACAAUUUUGACGAAGUUGGGAGAAAAAAAUCAUGGACUGUCAACUAAGUUGAAGCGCAUAUCUCUUGGAGCAAAUGGCGGAUAA